AUGGUCACCUGGGAUGAAGACAUCAACUUCGCGAGCGCUUUGCUUCUGCACAGUUGCUUGACCGUUCUCAUCAAAGAAGUCCUCAACCUAUUCACCAUCGUCAUCAGGCUGGCGCCCUUCCGCCGCAAGGUUCAACCUGGAACCGCAAAUGCCCGUUCCGUUCUCCUAGAUGGAUACACUUCAAUCCUCUCCAACGACAACGAUGGCGACCUCGCGGAGCUGUACUUCACCAACACGGGCCUCCUUCUCCUGAGCGCAUCUCUCGCCUCCGCCAUCGCCAUGAACCUCUUCCUAUCCGACAUGGUUUUGAACGUUUUCGUCGCUUGUACGUUUGGAUUCUGCUUCGUGAUGUCUGUUUUCUCGUGUCGUCGAAGCUGGUUGCGGUUCAUCCUCGCUCUACGGCGAGCGGGACGGUUCGUGUGGUCCGACACGCCGUUUGUCAACUUCUUCUCCCUCAUCUACGUUGCGGUGGUGUUGAAGAGUCCGACGACCAUGAGGCUAAAGGACUAUGUGACGCUGAGGAGUAUCGCUAUUAUCGAGCUGGUCUUUAUGAAAGCAUAUAUUGCGGCGGCGAGCAUGGAUCGUCAGAUUGAGCUGUUACGUUCUUUGAAUAAGUCUCGGCUUGUGCUUUUCCAACACGGAGGAAAGACACAGGAGAUCGAAACUAUUGAGUCUCCUCGCCUCGAGAGAAACUCAAUUGUUCCCUUCACUACUGCGCAGAGGAUGUCGGUUAUGCUCAUCAAGACGACCGUUGGACACGACUUUGGAUCAGUCAGGGGCUCGAAAGGACCGGGUAGUAUCCCUGUACCCCAUAUAGGCUUCUUUACGAAUGAUAACGUGGGUUCGGGAGACUGGCGUGUCUAUCGCCUACAGGAGGACGUCAUGCUGAUUGCCGACAACCUGCGUGCUACGUCUCCAAAAGAGUGGUGGAAGAGGCUGAUCGAAAAGAUGCACGGUAUUUUCCUCCAGCAGCUGAAGAAAGUGCGCGUUGUUUACCUCUUGAGAGUGGGUCAUAGAUUUGUUGGAGGCGAUUCUUGCGAGAGGGAAGUCUCACUCUGGGUGUCGAAUGUGAACCUCGUGACUGGUGUUAGUAGCUCUCUUCUAGAGUCUUACACAUUUGUCGAAGACGGAGACAUUGAUGAUGGUAGAGUUCUAUAG